UGAUAGUACCAUGAUAAAUUUAAUUUAAUUAUUUUUAUCAUGGAUAGUCCCUCGGAUAUUAAUUUUACAGGCAUGACUGUUUUGUCAUGAUUAUAGGUGUAAGUUUAAAUGAUUGUUUGGUAGAGAAUAUUUAUUUUAUUGUUUAAUUAGAUUGUCCUUCGUCCGAUUAUCUGACGUUUCUUUUAGAACUCAAAUGAUUAAACUUGUUAUUCGCCGUGCAAAAGUUGCACUGAAAAGUGAACAGCCAUUGACAAUCAACAAGUAAGAAUCAGGCUAGUACUAGUGCUGUUAUUGUAAAUCUACAAAAAUUUGGUUCGUGUGUAAAAACUUCUCAUGAUGUCAGAUUCACCGAGGUUCAAAGGAUUGAAUACUUCGAGUGUCGGGAAGUCCUCACCAGCUCGUGAAGUGGAUAUUCACUCAGGUCGUCCUGCACAAGGGCACAGUGGUAAUUUGACUGGGAACCGUCGUAUAUUGAAAGACACCGCAGCAGAUAUUUUCAAUCGUAUGCAGCAAUGGAAGAUCCAUCAAGACAGGGGGUGUGUUGUGAUAUCUAAUAUAUUUAAUUUGAGAAUGGAAACGUCAAACAUUAAAUUUCCAGAUCAGCUUGAAGGUUUAGUGAAGGAACUAAAAAAACUUUGUGAACAAAUGUCUGAUAUUGUUGAAGGGCUCAAAAUUAAGUUACGGAAUCUUACAGCUGUAUCAGUUUUAGAAAAAGGCAAUUCGGCACCACUUUUCAUUUCAUGGACAACAGAACAUUUUUGUAAAGUAACUGAGAAAAUAUUAAGAGCUUAUCAAGAAGAACAAAAACUUCAUCAAAGUCUUCUUUUGAGAGUAGCAGAUAACACGGACCCUGAUGUUCUGUUAUUUUAUCUUUCAUGUUGGACAUAUCUGCCAUAUUUAGAUCAUAGCAUAGAAAAAGAAUUACAUUGUAUGAUUAAAGAGACUAGACAUGUAUGAGUUAGUUUAACAAUAAAUAAAGCUAAAAAUAA